GCAUAGACUACCUGGGGCUGGGGAGCAAGAAGGUGAUUAGGAAGUCGCCACGUGGUUCUCUCAACUAUACAGCAACACCGCCGGUUAACGCUCGUACCUCCGUCUCCGAUGUUAUUAGGGUUCUUGAGGGUUUUAUCUCAAGGGUCCUGACAAUACCCAGAAGCGGUUUUGGGUUGGGCAACACAUUUAGGAAACAGAGAACUGAUCUAUAUCGGCGGCCUCAAAAGGAGUCCCAGUUGAAUCUGGAUUGUCGUGAUAAUUCAUCCAUUUCGUCAACGCCACCAUCUGAUAGUUUGAGCAAAGUGUCUAGUUGUGAUAAUGCUGAUUAUGGUAAUAUUUCAAGAACAUCUUAUAGUAACCUCAGUGAAGCUGAGGCUGCCGGUGAGCUUGGUGUCGAAGGUGGUAACUCCGGAUACUCCUGUUCCAGUGAUACCGAGCAAAAGGAUGGUCAGAUAGAUAUGAGUAGAUUUAGUGAAGGAGACCUAACAACAUCUCGGGCAGAGGAUCCCAAAAGCGGAACUGUGAUGUGCAGUAACCAUUCUGGACUGCCAGGAGUAGUAUCAGAUGGAGCUGGGAGUGACACCAAAGUCAAGAAAGUGAAACUCAAAGUUGGUGGUGUUACAAGAACAAUAAACACUUCUGUUGCCGGAUCCUCUUCAACAAAGUCUUCGUCCUCUUCAGAUGCCCCUCAAAAAUGGCAACCCAAGCAGAAUACAGGUGGACAUCAUUCCUCUUAUAGUGGAAAGGCAAUUGGAUUGCAAGGUAUCCCCUGGAAGGAUUUUGCUAAAAUUGGUUUUGGCGUUGGGAAAGUGGAUUCCUCUACGGAGCAGUUACCUGGGCAAAUUGCCCCUUUGAAACAAUUAGGAAAAUAUGAGGCAGCUCAUAAAAGCAAGUUUCUGCUAAAAAGACAUUUAUCAGGUGAAACAUUCGAUGAUGAAGACACUGAGAAUGACGAUGAUGAUGAGAUCCGUUACCUGGAGAAACUCAGGUUUUCCAAAUACUCUUCUGGUUAUAGUGCUGGCUAUGAGGAUGAUGAUGAAGUUGUAUACAGAAAAGAGCGGAAGAUAUCAAGGGUGUUAAGUCAAAGUAGCAAUGUUUAUGGUGCAGAUCUGAGUGAUUACAAUUCGCUUAAAGCAGUUAAAGGGAUUAAGAAAUCCAAAUCUGAAAGAGCAUCCCAGGAUUCAGACUAUGAAGAGGCAAUGGUUUCUGAUACCGAGUUAGUACCCAAGAAGAAGAAACAACUAAAGGAAUUAGCUGAUAUCUCAGUAAUUGAAAGGAGAAAAAUGGCCGUGAUUACUCGCCAGCAAGCACUUCAAACUGGAAAAGAUUUUUCUUGCAGUGCAGGCUUGAGUGCAAUUGAGUUUCCCCAUGGACUUCCACCUGCACCGCCUAAAAAACAAAAGGAGAAGCUCUCUGAAGUGGAACAGCAGUUGAAGAAAGCUGAGGCUGCUCAAAGACGCAGGAUGCAAGCUGAAAAGGCUGCUCGAGAGUUGGAGGCUGAAGCAGUAAGGAAAAUCCUAAGUCAAGAUUCUAGUAGGAAAAAGCGAGAAGAUAAAAUUAAGAAGCGACAAGAGGAGUUAAUACAGGAAAGAACUGCAACAGCUACUUCACUAUCAUCAAAUGCUAUCAGAUGGGUUAUGGGUCCUUCUGGUUCUGUUGUGAUAUUUCCCAAUGAGAUGGGACUCCCAAGCAUAUUUGAACCUAAGGCUUGCAGCUAUCCACCUCCUCGCGAGAAAUGUGCCGGUCCAUCUUGUAUGAAUACAUACAAAUACAGAGACUCCAAAUCAAAACUGCCUCUCUGCAGUCUCCAGUGCUACAACGCAGUACGUGAGAAGAUUCAACAUCUAAGUGCUUGCUGAACAGAGCUCUCACAGCCCUGAUACUGAUGGGCACUUGGACUUUAUUUGUAGAGAUUCAUGUGGUAACUGCAAAGAAAUGGUUGUGUUCCAUAUCAUCUUUGAUUCUUCUCGCAUAAUCCAGCUGGCAUAAUCUAUGGCUUCAGCUUAAAUUGUUCAUUGUACAGUUACCAAUCCAGUUAGCAUCAUUGUGCCUAUGCUCCAUUUACCAAGAUUUCUAGUAUGUGGAAAGUAGCUUCAUAAAGCCACUUAUAUAUCUGAUAACAGUCUUUUGUCCCGCUCAAUUGAAAGUGGGAUGAAUCACACAUAAUCUACUUUGUGCCUUCUGAGUGGAAAUGCUCUGAGAAUUUGUACUUGUAAGAGUGAACAAAAGUAUAAGAAGAAACCUUUCUUGGUCUCCUCUAGAACCAAUAAGAUCAGGCUGAACAUGGAUGGAAGUGCUGAGGGUGAACUCGACGAUCCGGUGUUUGGUGACAUUGUCCAUAGCAAAGGUAGCGUAUGUGGGUACAUAGGGAUUAUUGGUAUUCAGAACAGUCAUGCUGCUGAGCUGUGGAACUCAAGGAUGAAAGUUUUUGUCUAAACGUGUUGAAGUGGAAUGUCUGUGUAAGCUGUAAUGAUGUGCUGAAUAUUACUCCGUUCGAUUAAGUGCCUAUAUUCAAUAUUGUCAUUCUUCAGUUCUUUUUCUUGUUCCUGGGAAUAUGUCAAGGCACACUCAGUAUAUUCCAGCUGAGAAAUUGAAACCAAGAAUCCCAAUUCUAAAGCUGUAAACUUUGAUCAUAAAUUAUAAAUUAACAUCAGUUAUGGAGUUGAUCUUCUGGUG